AUGACGGACUUGCGAAAAGUUUUGUAUCCUCCCUCUCUUUUUGAUUCUUUCUCUAACAGUGUACACAAAAACACGGUAGAAAAUCGCGAAACUAUAGGAGUAUUGUGUGGUGUUUUAAACCAACAGGAGAAUCUGUUUGAGGUUACCCACCUCAUACUACCAGAGCAAGUUGGUGCGAGUGACCAUUGCCAAGUAACAGAACUUGGGGAACGGCAGGUUCUGGAUAUAAUUGAAAGCAACAAUAUUAUAUAUUUAGGAUGGAUUCAUACUCAUCCCCAAUUUGAUGUGUUUAUGUCCUCUGUCGACCUUCAUAAUCAUCUGGGACAGCAAUGCCUUCUGGCAGAGGCAUUUGCAGUUGUUGUCAAUCCAAACAUCGAAGAACCCCGAGUUGGUCUGUUUCAUCUUACUGAAUGUGGGCUGCAUGGUCUUUCACAAUGUCAAGAUAGAGGGUUUCAUGAGCAUGAAAAUGGCGCAACAUUUUACCAGGUGUGCUAUUUUGCUCAAAUUGAUUCAUUGUAG